UCGGCACUCCCGGAAUCCCCAGGGAGGAGCUGCGCUCCGUGCCUCAGUGGGACUACAUUUCACAGAGGGUCCCGCACGGAGUCUCGCCACAGACCGCGAGCUCAGGCAGUGGCCCCUUUCCGCUGCAUGCCGGGAAACAGAGUCCCUGCAGGACAGCUCUUGUGGUGCCGGCCGGGCGCGAGACUCCAUUUCCCAUCAUCUCCUGCCAGCCCCGUCCCUAGAGCCGUUCGGGUGCCAUUUUGUUUCGCGUCCCAACCUAAGAUGGCGGCCGGGCGAAGAAAGUGAAGGUUGCCGCCGCGGGGUAAGGGCCGUCUCGCUGAAUGCCUCCGCUCCCGUAGGGCUCCUCCCCCCCGGGGGCCGCCCUCGCCCGUCCCCCGCCCCGGGGCCGAUCUAGAACCGUAGAGGCGGAAUCGGUCCAUGGCCAAGAGGCGGCCGACGCGUUCACCGCGGCCCCCGUCGCCAUGGACCUUCGCACGGCCGUGUACAACGCGGCCCGCGAUGGGAAGCUAAAGCUGCUGCAGAAGCUGCUGGGCAGCCGCAGCCGGGAGGAGCUGGAGGCGCUGACAGCGGGGCCCGGUGGAGGUGACGGCCCCGGGAGUGGGAGCACUCCACUGCUGAUCGCCGCCCGCCACGGGCACCUGGAAGUGGUGGAGUACCUCCUGGAUCACUGUGGGGCCCGCGUAGAAGAAGGCGGAUCUGUCAACUUCGAUGGAGAAACCAUCGAGGGGGCCCCACCGCUGUGGGCCGCGUCUGCUGCUGGGCACCUGGGAGUGGUGCGCAGCCUCCUGGAUCACGGUGCCUCAGUGAACCAGACCACACUGACCAACUCCACGCCGCUGAGGGCUGCCUGCUUCGACGGGCACCUGGAGAUUGUGCGCUACUUAGUUGGGGAGCGCGGGGCUGACCUGGAGGUAGCAAACCGGCAUGGGCACACUUGUUUGAUGAUUUCUUGCUACAAAGGGCACCGGGAGAUUGCACGUUACUUGCUGGAGAAAGGGGCUGAUGUCAACCGCCGGAGCGUGAAGGGGAACACGGCCCUGCACGACUGUGCAGAAUCAGGUAGCCUGGAGAUCCUGCAGCUACUGCUCCGCUCCAAAGCCCGCAUGGAGAAAGAUGGCUAUGGCAUGACUCCUCUGCUGGCUGCCAGCGUCACCGGCCACACCAAUAUUGUAGAGUAUCUCAUCCAGGGAGGGCUGCAGCAGGAGGAAGAGGAUGUUGCAGGGAACCAAAAUGAGACCUGUGCUUUGGGUGGGAGCCAUCAGAGAUGCUGCCAUGCUGGUUGGAAAACUCCUGAGGGCUGUGAUAAGGAGCAGCAUGAGAGAUGUUGUGCCUCAGCUUCCAGUCGGGAUGAUCAGCAGGUUCCUAGUGUGUUCUGCACUCGAGAGGCUGCUGUGGAAGCACUGGAAUUGCUAGGCGCCACAUUUGUGGAUAAGAAACGUGACCUUUUGGGAGCCCACAAGUACUGGCGAAGGGCAAUGGAGCUUCGGUAUGAGGGUGGGCAGUACCUGCCUAAACCUGAACCACGGCAGCUGGUGCUGGCAUACGACUAUUCACGAGAAGUAAGUUCGCUGGAGGAGCUAGAAGCCUUGAUUACUGAUCCAGAUGAGAUGCGCAUGCAGGCACUGCUCAUUAGAGAGCGCAUCCUUGGUCCUUCGCACCCAGACACUUCCUAUUACAUCCGCUAUCGAGGGGCAGUCUAUGCUGACUCAGGCAAUUUUGAACGCUGCAUUAACCUAUGGAAAUAUGCUCUAGACAUGCAGCAAGGCAACCUGGAGCCUCUCAGCCCUAUGACUGCCAGUAGUUUCCUUUCCUUUGCUGAGCUUUUCUCUUAUGUGCUUCAGGACCGCUCCAAAGGCACUUUAGCUACCCAGCUGGGCUUCUCUGAUCUCAUGGGAGUACUGAGCAAAGGUGUCCGGGAGGUGGAGAGAGCACUUAUGCAUGGCAAGGAUCCUGUAGUUGACUCAGCACAGUUCACCAAGACACUGGCUAUUAUCCUCCACCUUGUCUUCCUGCUGGAGAAGGUAGAGUGCACCCCAGAGCAGGAGCACCAGAAGCGCCAAACUAUCUAUCGCCUGCUGAAGUGCAGCCCUCGAGCCAAGAAUGGCUUCACCCCUUUGCAUAUGGCUGUGGACAAAGAUACCACAACAGUGGGACGUUACCCAGUGGGCAAGUUCCCAUCACUCCAUGUUGUUAACUUGCUUCUGGAGUGUGGGGCUGACCCAGACAGCCGUGACUAUGACAACAACACCCCGCUGCAUGUUGCUGCUCGCAAUAACUGCCCGCUAAUCAUGAGUGCCCUGAUGGAGGCUGGAGCCCAUAUGGAUGCCACCAAUGCCUUCAAGCAGACUGCUUAUGAGCUGCUGGAUGAGAAGCUGCUCACCAAGAGCAUGAUGCAGCCCUUCAAUUACAUCACCCUCCAGUGCCUUGCUGCUCGUGCCCUGGACAAGCACAAGAUUCCCUACAAGGGCUUCAUCCCUGAGGAGCUGGAAGCCUUCAUUGAACUACACUAGAGUGGGAGAGCUGAACUCCCAAGCCUUUCCUGGCACUUGUUUCACCCCAAAGAGGUAGCGCAGCCUGAAAUCUCAGGCCACUUCCUCUAGGUGUUGAAGGACAUUGUUGUGCUGAGAUGGCCUGCAAGCUUUGUCCUUAUCUGUCACCAUCAAGCUGGCAUGUGCAGGGUUAGGGGAGAAGGCUCAAGAACUCAUGGCUAUUCUUCAUUGCCACUUUCAGGUACUAGAUGUCUCAACAGAGCACUGUAUCCAGAGAAGGCUGCAGCCCCUGCGCUUUCCCAUACAAACCAUCUUAUUCUGACAAGGAAGGAAAAUCGACAUCCCUGGGACCUGCUGCCUCUCCCAUUAGUGCUGAAUUAACACAGCAUUAAGCUUUGGAGCAGCUACAUGUCACAUAUGCGCUCUAGUCCUUUCCAUCCCAAAUAUUGAACAGAUAGGAAUGCAAGAGGGGAAUAAAAUAUUUUCCAACUAGUUCUUUCCCUGCCCCCUCUUCAGACUUAAUGCAGUACUAGUCUAAUGGCAAAGUGGCUUAUUCUCUGCUGAGGUAGUUGCCUUGCAUGACAGUAGGGCUGGGUAUGCUGAUUACUUUUUUUUUUGUUUUCAUUUUUCCUUGGUUGACCAUGUAGCAAGUGAUGUUAAAGGCCUGAGAUUCCAAUGAUUGUGCAUAAACAUGGGUUAUUUUUUCCUCUUAGAGCCAGGCCCUAUCUAUGCUGCAAGACUUCUUCAGUAAGAUAUAGUAAGGUCAGUUCUGGUUACGUAGUUUCAUCGGUAGAUAUUGAUAUGAACGGAGAGGAAAACCUGUGACCUCAGAAACAAAAUGCUAAUGUGGAAUUCAAGCUUUUGCCUUGCCCAUCUGCACACGUUAACUCCCUUCCCCAAAUGGGGUCCUUCAGCUCCAGAGCUCAGCAAGUGUUCACAUUUAGCUGUACAGAAUGGAUAUAGCCAGGUUGCAGAGCCACACCUAUGCACUUUUAACCAUCUCUGAGGGGGUGUUCUGGCAAGCCCUUCUAGGAUGGGAAGUACUUGUAGUGUGGGUGGUGCUCGGGGUUUUUAAAUUGUGCCAGUGAAUGUGUCAUGUUUGUAUGAAAGAAGAAGGAAGAAAGAAGAAAGAUGUAAGUUAAAGGUGCCUUCUGAGAUUAUUGGUAUCAACCCAGGGGGCUCUGUUAGUAUCCCAUUCUGAAGACCUACAUGAAGUGGAUUGUUAACAUCUGUUUUUGGCUUCUGAUUCUUUGUGUAUAUUUACUGAGGAUGGUGCUACGUCAAAGAUAGAAUCUGAAAUCUCAUCUGGCUACUGUUAGGCAAGCUCAUUUCUCUAAUUAGAAUCUGCAUGCAACUUGUUUUUUUUUUUUCUCUUUGAAUCUGUAGUCUUGGGGUAGGUAUUUGCCUCCAUUUGCAGAACCCUUCUUGGUGGUAAACAUGAUGCUGUUCCAGCAGUUUAUCUUCUUGCAGGGGGAGGGACUGGGCUUUGGCACCCUCUGGCUCUUUUUUUGGCCUGGGCAGAAUGGAAAGCACAGUUGAGAGUGAAGCAGCUGCCUCAGCUUUGGGAAAUGUCAAGACUGGGAGUACAGAACCCUGGUAAACAGCCAUGCACUAUAUGCUUCUGAAGCUUCUCUAUGUGUAUUUAUAAGUCAGCGUAUCCAUAAGCCUCAAUAAUGCUCUCUUCCCCUUAAAGAUACUAGAGAUCUGCCAUUACAUUUUUGCAGUGUUAACUAUAACUUUUAUUUAUAAAGUAAGGAGUUCUAACUUUUACUGAGAUGUAAAGUUCAGACGUAGUUUAGCUGCAUUUUUUUUUCCCUCGUUUUGGCUGAAACUUGAUCUAAACUGCAGGAAUGGAAUUUGUUAACUUGUGAGCUGAUGAGCGCUCUUAACUUUAAAUAAUAAAACAAAAAAUGGCUGCUAGAAUGUAA